AUUUACUAACGUUAUAAUGUCUACAAUGUCUAACACUAAGGAAUCAGCAAAGCUUAAAAAACUGGAGGAAGAGUUAAGAGAUUUACCUGAAAAAUCAGAGACUGUAGUGUCCUUUCAUUUGCCAGAGUUUGAAGAAGCUUUUGACUGGGAUGCGUAUGCAGAGUGGGUCGAAAAGGGAAAACCAUAUGAAGAGCCCGAAGAAGUUUUAAUGUUCUUAAAUCAGAAUGGAGUUUCUAACAAAAGAUCAGAUGGAGCCAGCCGACUUAACACUGACGGGGGGAGAACAAGACACGAUCAUAGAGAUGCUUUUUGCAAAAGUUCCGAUCGGCAUUUUCGAGACGCCAGGAAAGGAUGGUAUUCAUUUACUCAAACCAAGGGAACCUCAACCGGAAGAAGCAAAGACCGUGAACAUCGUGGUGAAACCGCCAGAUCCGACCACGUUUCCUUUUCAAGCGCGAAACAUCAAGAAAAUGCUAAACGAUUUAAGAACUUUAAACCUCUUAGAUGAUGUAAUCGGGUUAUGUAAGAAGGGUACGAUUAGAACAUAUAAUAGGGAAGAAAAAAAAUUAAAUCCGGUAAAGGAAGGAAAAGGAAAGAAAUUACGGGGGGAAAUAAAUGUCUAUGAUGUCGUCCCUAAAUGUUAUAAUAUUUACGUCUAUGUCCUACCUGAAGGCCAAUAUAUUCUUUUAUACCAUAUUUGCGGUAGAUGGUUCAGGGCAUUGGCCUAUUUUAAAAACCAUUAUUUUUAUUCACAUUUCCUCUGUAUUUACUUUUCUAAUUUCAGAAUGUUAUCUAGAAAAAAAAUCACUCUCUAGUUCUGCGAAAUAAUAGCUUUUAUAUCAUUUUUUAUUAACAAUAUUAUGUUGCGACCUAAAACUAAACUAAUUAUCCAUAUGUAUUAAUUUUAACCUUUUGAACCCUCUAAAUUAAAAAACAGUGGGGACUAAUUAGGGCUUGCAAUAAAAAUUUACUUUCUUCAUAUGGUAGAAUUGGGUUCGUGCUUAUGAUAAUUGUUCAUCCAUUGAUCAAUUUGCCUUUCAAUUGACAAAAAUCAAAUAUGUUAAUAUACUCAUAUUUUUAAAUCCUAAAAAUAAUCAAAAUGAUAUUGGAACAAAAGAAAAAAGGAUUGAUCAAUCUUGCUAUUAGAAAGCGCUUAAAGGUCAAUCAAUAUAAAU